GCCUUGGGCAGCAAGUAAACGUAGCACUUGACUUUUGGGAUUAUGAAAGACUAAAGAUAUUAGACAGCCUUGAAUGAGGAAAUGGAAAACCGUCUUGACAGCGCAACAGUCAUUUUUGUACGGCAUGUAAAUGUCCUGAAGAGGAAGGAAGCCGUACUCUGAGCUUCUUUACUGUUUAUUCUGAGUACUUAGAACCAUCAACCACAGACUUCACACUCACUGUUCAGAACAUCACACUGCCAGCAAGUCCACCAACCCCACUCCUCCCUUCCUCUCUACUGCAGGGUGGUGAUGCAGCUAUGGAGUUGAGAACUACAGGAAGUGUGUUUGUGGUCUUCCUCUGCUCUUUGGCAGUGGUGCUGGGUCAGCAUGGCUGGGGAGUGACCUACACCCUGGAGAGUGUCUGUGCCUUGAGAGGCUCAUCAGUGAACCUGUCCUGCUCCUAUACUUACCCCAGUGGUCUCACAGUCACUGAAACAUUCUGGUUUACCAGACGGAGGGAUGUUGAAGUUGCACAGGACCUGAAUCUGGACCCAGAGUAUGCAGGUCGUGUGCAAUACUGUGGGAAUAAGAAGAGUAAAGCAACCCUGACGAUCACAGACCUGAGAGAGAGAGAUGCUGCUGUGUACAAGUUCAGGAUUAUUACAGACAAAGGAGGGAGAUGGGAGGGCUACCCAGGAGUCACUCUCGCUGUUACAGGUCUUCAGGUGAAGAUGACUCCUUCUACCUGGGGAGAGAAGAAGACCCUGACCUGUAGCUCCACCUGUCCUCUGACUGGUAACCCCUCCUACAUCUGGUACAAGAACGGACAGCAUGUACAACAGGCUUCAUCCCAACAGCUCUCUGUCUCCAGUAACUCUCAUGACAGCUACUCCUGUGCUGUAGAAGGCCAUGAGGAUCUCCGCUCUCCUGCAGUGUGUGUUUAUGGUCAGUACUGCAGCAUAGUGACUUACUCCACCAGGAGACUGUGUGUCUUGAAGGGCUCAUCAGUGGACAUCUCCUGCACCUAUUACAGUUAUUACACCGUCACCUCCAGCUUCUGGUUCAGUCCUGGAAGGAGAGAUGGAUGGAGGGACAGAUCUGCACCUGAGGACCUAGCUGGAGACCCAGAGUACGCAGGUCGUGUGCAGUACUCUGGAACAGAGAGGAAGUCCUCCACCCUGACGAUCACACACCUGAGAGAGAGAGACUCAGGAGAGUAUCGCUUCACAUUCAAGACACGAGAUCCACUAUAUGACUGGGGGGACAGUUUCUCUGGAACCACUCUGACUGUCACAGGUCUUCAGGUGAAGGUGACUCCUUCUACCUGGGGAGAGAAGACCCUGACCUGUAGCUCCACCUGUCCUCUGACUGGUAACCCCUCCUACAUCUGGUACAAGAACGGACAACCUGAACAACAGGCUUCAUCCCAACAGCUCUCUGUCUCCAGUAACUCUCAGGACAAAUACUCCUGUGCUGUAGAAGGCCAUGAGGAUCUCCGCUCUCCUGCAGUGUGUGUUUAUGGUCAGUACUGCAGCAUAGUGACUUACUCCACCAGGAGACUGUGUGUCUUGGAGGGCUCAUCAGUGGACAUCUCCUGCACCUAUUACAGUUAUGACACCGUCACCUCCAGCUUCUGGUUCAGUCCUGGAAGGAGAGAUGGAUGGAGGGACAGAUCUGGACCUGAGGACCUAGCUGGAGACCCAGAGUACGCAGGUCGUGUGCAGUACUCUGGAACAGAGAGGAAGUCCUCCACCCUGACGAUCACACACCUGAGAGAGAGAGACUCAGGAGAGUAUCGCUUCACAUUCAAGACACGAGAUCCACUAUAUGACUGGGGGGACAGUUUCUCUGGAACCACUCUGACUGUCACAGGUCUUCAGGUGAAGGUGACUCCUUCUACCUGGGCACAGUGGAAGACCCUGACCUGUAGCUCCACCUGUCCUCUGCCUGGUAACCCCUCCUACAUCUGGUACAAGAACGGACAACGUGUAAAACAGGCUUCAUCCCAACAGCUCUCUGUCUCCAGUAACUCUCAGGACAGCUACUCCUGUGCUGUAGAAGGCCAUGAGGAUCUCCGCUCUCCUGCAGUGUACAAGCCAAGGAAUAUAUCAGUGUCAGUCAGCCCCUCUGGUGAAGUAGUGGAGGGCAGUUCAGUGACUCUGACCUGCAGCAGUGAUGCUAACCCACCAGUGCAGACAUACACCUGGUACCAGGAGAACAUCACCUCAUCUAAAUCAUCUGGACAGAGCUACACCAUCACUAACAUCAGCUCUGAGGACAGUGGAGGAUACUACUGUCAGGCUGGGAAUACAGUAGGAGCUACAAACUCCUCCUUUUUAAUGAUCACUGUGAUCGUUAGGACAGGGAUCUCAACAGCUCAGGCUGCAGCAGCAGGAACCACAGUCUCUGUUCUCCUGGCCGUCAUCCUCCUCUCUGCCUGCCUCCUCUGCAGGAAGAAGAAGACCAACUGCAGUAAUUCCAGACACCCAAUAGAUAAUGGACAGGGGGACUCUGGUCCUGUGUAUGACAACGUCUCAGCCAUCGCCCUGAACCCUGUCCCUGCUGUCCAGACACACACACACACAGACACACACACAGGCCAGCAGGAUGACGUCCUCUACACCAGCGUCGAAUUCUCUCGCUUCAAGACCCAGGACGUCCCCCUCUACGCCACCAUCCAAUCAGUGCAGCCCCAGAACCAGGAAGAGGAUGUGCAGUACGCUGCUGUGCAGUUCAACCGGCCCAGUCCUGCCCCCCGAGUCGCUGUUCAGACCACCGAGGAUCCCUCUGCUCUCCACAGCACCGUCACCAAACCCAAGCGCUGACAUCACUCAAAUAUGCUCAAACUGCAUGAACACAAAGGAACACACACACAAUAUGACCAUACAAUCUUUAAAAUCAAAAACGUGUUAGGAUGGUUUCUGGGGACUGUUAUCUAACGGGGACAUGAAAACAUGUCCCCAUAUCUCCCCAAAAGUACUCAGAUUCAGUCAACGUUGUCCACAAGUGACUUUAUGGUCAAAACUUGACAUUUAGAUUUUUCUAAAAAGUAAAACAAUCACUAAAACAAAGUAAUAAAACGAAAUAAAAUGAUCUAUUAGCUAAUGAUAGUUGGAUAUUUAUUUUGUAUUUUUGAGUGUUUUACUGAUUUACAAACAUUAGUAUUUUCUUAAAUAUUUUGUUGUUUCCAGUUUUUCCAGUUUGUUUUUUUCUUCAUAUUGUUAAUUAUUGUCUUUUUUCCUCUUUUUUCCCCCUCAUCUCCUCCACACCACCCUGCUGUCAUGGUAACAAUAUUUGGUGCUGGAAAAGUCCUGUUUAAGGCAAAAUCCAACUUUCUCUUUAGUUACGUUUUUUAUUUACUGUAGCUCACAUUUCUGUUGUCCCUGUUAGGGGAGGUCAGAAUAGUCCUGUUUGCUUUAGUGGACAGAGAUCUUGAAAUACAUUGAAUUUAAUAGUUUAUUGUGUUGUCUUAUCUUGAUUUAGAAACAUAAUGUUUAUUGUGCUUAGAUCAUGCUUGGAUUCUGUAUCUUAUAGAUGUUUUUAUGAUAAAGUAUUUUUGGUGAAGUUAAUAACUGUUUAUUUUGUUAGUUCAUGUUUAGUUAGAGUUAUCAGUUUGACUGUUGACUCUAGACUGUAACAACAGUGAUUUUUUGUCAUGAACUUAAUUGAUGGAUUAAUCAAUGAGUUGAUCUGUUAAUUGAUUGAUUUAUGUAUUUAGUAUAUUUCCCCGAUAUGUUUGGAUUAGUCUCAUCUGAUACUCAGACUGCAGAAGACGUGUGUCAUCAGUUUUCAGAUAUAUUCUGUGUCUUCAGGGUUGAUGUUAGUCAUUUAGCAUUAUUUUAUUCCCUCAGAUGCACUCGUAGAGUAUUUCUCCAGUCCUCUGCUGUUGUUGUGGGCCUGAGAGCACAUGCAGAAGCACAAAUAUUUAUGUUGCUGAUGUUUUGGAGGACACUGUUCUGGUGUACACUGCUACCAUUUUUAUUGUACAUUGGAAAAAGAAAAUACUGUUAUUUUAAUUGAUUGAUUGAUCAAGUGAGUUUAAUGCAGCCGCCCAUUCAGUUUGUCCUUACAGGGUAGCUUGAAAACCUUUAAAGUUUACAAGAUUUACUUAAGCUAAUUUAUCGUUGCUGAAUAUAAUAGAUUAAGGUAAUACCAUUUUUCUAACUCUCAAAAGAUAUUUUUCUACUUGUGUGAUGCUGUUUGAAUACAAUUUUUUUAAAAUAAAGUUUGAUUUGUGUGUGAGAAA